CUACCCGCGUAAAAUUAACCACCCCGAAAAACCAGUAGCCAGGGGAAUUUUUCCCCUAUCUUUCAUUAAAGUCCCCCCAUGCCAGCUGCUACCUGUUUCCUUCAUCACUCUCACUUUCACUUUCUUCUAGUCUCUCUAUUUCUUUUGCCUUCAUUAACAAUCUUUAUAAUUUCAGAUUCUAUACGGGGACACUAAAAGAAUAGAUAUGUAAAGAAACCUCUUGUUUUUUCUCUGAUUUUAUAGAUAAAAACAGAGUUAAUGUCUGAUCAGAAAACAGGGCUCAUGAGUGAUCAGUUGUCAAAACCAACCUCAAUUUUUGGUCUGCGAUUAUGGGUAGUUCUUGGCUUUUGUGUUGGAGCAGCUUUUGUGCUGAUCCUUUUUCUCAUUACUCUGUGGCUGGCUUCAAAACGCUCUAAAAGUAUUAAGAAAUCCAAAAUCCCAGUUGUUUCUAAGGAGAUCCAAGAAAUCAGAGUUGAGUCUAUCAAACCACAUCGGGGAAUCCAAAAUGACCCAUUUCCCGACCCGGAAAUUGCUGCCGGAAACGAAAGGCAAGCUUUGCUGCUUAUGCCACCAGAGGAGGAGAGUCCAAUGGGGUAUCAUGGGAUUCAGAUUGAUAUUGGCAAAGGGCAUUUGAUUUCUUAUCCUUCUUCCGAGGCGCCACGUGGCGGUGUUGUUGGCGGCGGGGGUGUUGAUCAGGUGGCGAUGGUAGGUCCUGAUGUUUCCCAUUUGGGUUGGGGCCAUUGGUAUACUUUGAGAGAGCUGGAAGACUCCACUAAUGGAUUUGCUGAUGAGAAUGUGAUUGGUGAGGGAGGAUAUGGGAUUGUCUACCAUGGUGUUUUAGGGGAUAACACUCAAGUAGCAGUCAAAAACUUGCUCAAUAACAGGGGACAGGCUGAAAAAGAAUUUAAAGUAGAGGUGGAAGCUAUUGGAAGAGUAAGGCAUAAAAACUUAGUGAGACUGCUUGGUUAUUGUGCUGAAGGAUCUCACAGGAUGUUGGUAUAUGAGUAUGUGAACAACGGGAACUUAGAACAGUGGCUUCAUGGGGAUGUUGGUCCUUGUAGUCCUCUUACUUGGGAAAUAAGAAUGAAUAUCAUCUUGGGAACUGCAAAAGGGUUAACAUACCUUCAUGAGGGCCUUGAACCAAAAGUUGUUCACCGAGACAUAAAAUCGAGUAACAUUCUGCUCGACAAGCUGUGGAAUGCCAAAGUUUCAGACUUUGGCCUUGCUAAGCUCCUUUGCUCAGAAAGAAGCUAUAUUACAACUCGUGUAAUGGGAACAUUUGGCUAUGUAGCUCCUGAGUAUGCAAGCACAGGCAUGUUGAAUGAAAGAAGUGAUGUCUAUAGCUUUGGAAUGCUUGUAAUGGAAAUUAUUUCUGGGAGGAAUCCAGUUGAUUAUAGCCGGCCUUCGGAAGAGGUUAACUUAGUUGAUUGGCUUAAAAAGAUGGUUAGCGACAGAAAUCCUGAAGGGGUGUUGGAUCCCAAGCUACCCGAGAAGCCUUCUUCAAGGGCAUUGAAGCGGGCACUUCUUGUAGCUUUACGUUGUGUAGACCCAAAUGCACAGAAGCGACCAAAAAUGGGGCAUAUUAUACAUAUGCUCGAAGCUGAUGAGUUCCCCUUGAGAGAUGAUCGCAAAGGUGGAACUAUACGGGAUCCCAGAAGCACGCAAAGUGAUGGAUCUUUGGAGAAGCCGGAGACAGAAACAGGUGAUAGAAGUGGGGUGCAAGCUAAUGCCAUAAAGAAAAGCAAUGAGGAGACAUAAUUGAGCUUGUUCUAAGUGGGACUGCAAAAAGUGUACUGUUUGUUGCUCCAGCCCCAUCUGGACAUUGGCCUAUCCAAGUAAGUCUCUUUUUGUGGUUGUCAAUUAGUUCCACUCUAUUAUUUGUGUCUUGUAUAGCUGUCCAUAUUAAACCAUCCGUCAUAGCAAGAUUGAAUUCAAAUGUUACAACCAAUGCUCUUUUGUUUGGGAGUAGGGACACUUUGUAUUCUCUGCGCAUUAGGCCUUUCAUGUAAUUCAAUCAAGGUCACAUUCUUGCUCAAUGUAGUCACAGUAAAAUAAAACCUGUUAUUAUAUAUUUAAUUUGCAAGUUAAAAUAGA